GUUUCUUUAUACAAUAAUUGUGAAUCAGUACAUUUCUGUUAUUUUUUAAUCUUCCUCUUCUCAGAAUUAAAUUUUGAUUGUUUUAUUUUACGCAUCAUGUUAAUCUUAUUUUGCUCAUCUAUUAUCACACUUUGGUCCUGUUGAGCUUCAACAUUUACAUGGUAGUUUCACUUCACUCCUGUCUGUUUGUGUGAAGUGCACCAACUGUUAUUGUAAAUACAUAAUGCGAAGAGUAAAGUGAAAAAUUCGUGACUUGCUGUUCAUAUCAAUGUUUAUUUACUUGCGAAUUGUUCUAAAUAUAACUUCGCAAUUUUGUGCAACAAGACACAACAAUCUUCAAACUUGCAAAAUCUAAAUUUCAGCUAAAUCGGAUUAAUAGUUUUUCAAUAUUACUCAAUUGUACUCAAUUGUUUUCAAUAUUUAAAGGGAAAAUUAUAUGGUGGCGACUCUCUCGGUUCUCUCAUUGAACUAACCGGUUUACAGUUUUUUGCGAAACUCUUCUUUACUCUUUGACAUAAUGCCUCUUGGAUUAUCAAGUCAAUUGAUUAUCCCCAUUACAUUAUGGGGAAAUCGAGCACCAACCCAUUGUAUUUCAUGUGUCUACUUAAGCCGUGAUCUGAAAAUAUUGGUUACUGGUUGUAACGAUGGUCAACUAUUGGUAUGGGAUGCACUCAAUGGUAAUCUUAAAAAUAUACAACCUCGAUCUAUGCUUUUUGGCCAUUCAUCUGGAAUUAUGUGUAUUUCUGGAGGAAGUGUUAAUCCAGAGGAUAAUCUCAUCGUUAGCUCCUCUGAAGAUGGUGAAAUGUGUUUAUGGGACCUAAAUGAUGGACAAUGUCUUGAGAGUUCCAGACUCCAAUAUGUCCAUACAAAUAUUCAGAUUCAUCUUAUGCAAGGAAACGGAGAAACAAGGUUGUUUUGUAACGGUUAUUAUGCUGAAAUUUUAAUCAUCAAUCCUAUUACACUGCAAAUCAUGUUUACUUUAUCGUCUCGGGUCAAUCCAGAUUGGAUUUCAGCCAUAGAUAUUGUUUACCCCGGUAAACCUCAAGACAAUGUCAUUGGUCUUACGGUUUCUGGUUUUGUUAAAGUUUGGAUUUUAACUGGUAAUGAGUCUCGAAGCUCAGAGCCGAUUUAUGAACAAGAGUUCAAACAGAUAAAGCCUUUGAAUGCACUCAAAUUAACUUGCAACAUUUACAAUCAAUCAACUGUUCUUGUAGUCUGUGCAAAAUAUUGGCAGAUUUACGAUGCACAUGAUUUUUCAUUAUUAUUUUCCGUGGACAACAAACGGAACGAACGCUGGGCUGGAGGAGAAUUUCUUUCAGCUGAAAAAGUCUUAGCUUGGAGUGAUGCUGGUAAAGGCUAUAUUUACCAGUUGCCCAAAAAUACCUCACUUAGCACACCAAAGGGAAAAGCUCAUAGCUGUAUUCCUGAUCGUAAAGAAUUUCAUGAACAAUCAAAGAAAAACCACGUCAUUGAACCAUAUUGUAUUUUAACCAUAAAGAAUGACGAAAGACUUCUUUGUCCUCCAGUUACACAAUAUCAUCUUAUUCCUAAAUCUCAGAAUUCUCAAAAUUCUCAAUCUACUAGAGUUUUUAUUCGCGGCGAUUCACUUGGUCGUAUUGCCACUUGGUUUGUCACUGAUGAAAUGAUUGAUGGAGUAACCCUCGAAGAUGGUGUAGCUCAGGGUGAAGCUGCAUCCCAUGAACCUGACAAUAUAUACUCUUUAGCGGAUGCAUGGAAAUCAAUGAAACCUCGUCCAUUAGGGAUUAUGGAUCAACUGAGCUCUGGUGAUCAUCCGGAUGUUAAAAUAACGGCAAGCGUUUUUCUUCCAAUGCAAGGAACUCUGGUUGUCGGUAGAGAAGAUGGAUCUAUUAUUAUUGUUCCCGCAACUCAAACUCUUAAAUUGCAACUUCUCCAUUCCAAAGUUCAAUCUUCUAAUGAUAAUUGGCCACAAUAUCAAAUUUUAUGUGGACAUGCCGGAAAAGUUACAUGUCUUCUUUACCCACACCAUGUUGACUCUCGGUAUCAAAUUCAACAUCUAGUCUCUGGUGGAGUUGAUUUCUCAGUUUGUUUGUGGGACCUUUAUGCUGGAACGCUUUUGUAUCGAUUCUCAGUUCAUGCUGGGGAAAUAACUCAACUGCUCGUCCCUCCUAAAGAUUGUAGUAGUCGAAUUCUAAGUUGCAUUUGUUCUGUUGCCAGUGAUCAUUCAGUGGCAUUGUUAAGUCUUAAAGAAAACAAAUGUAUUAUGUUAGCAAGUCGUCAUAUGUUUCCUGUUUCUAUUAUCAAAUGGCGUCCUCUUGAUGAUUAUAUGGUUGUUGGCUGUGUCGAUGGAUCUGUUUAUGUUUGGCAAAUUGAAACUGGCCUUUUAGAUAGAGUUGUUCAAGGAAUGCUGGCUGAUGAUAUUUUAAGUGCCUGUGAUGAUCACCAGGCUGCUUCCAAUGAAGAUCGCCUCACUAACCCAGCUAUACACCUUUUCCGUGGCUUGAAAAGUCGAAAUUUAGAAGCCAUUAAGCAUGCUACGGCUAGAGGAAUCAGGCACAUUGCAGGUCCUCUUCAUCAACAAAAACAAGAUGUAAUUGACCCUGCUAUUCAGAAUCGUUCUCAUCCGUUGAUGAUUCAAAGUCUAAAAACAAAUCCAAAAGAUCAAGAUAGUCAUGUAUUGGCUUUCGAUGUGGAAUCUCUUAUUGUUAACCUUCUUGCUGAUGCUUAUACUCAAUUUGAUCCUGAAACAUUUGAAGCUAGAGGAUUGACUAACAACAAAGCUUAUCAAAGAUAUCUUCAACUAGUUGAAUCACCUGAAUCUACACACAAAUUUUGGUCUAAAGUUAAGGAUUCAGCCGAGUCUGCUGCUCAAAAGAUUCAAGCAAAGGCAGAAAGUGUGGGUUUCAAACCAGAUGUAAAUGUAGCUACUGUUUUAUUCACUCGGCGUUCAUCAAACGACGCUGAAAAUAUGAAAAAUGGAGCUGAUAAAAAUACUGAAAAACGAGCAAAUAAGCUAAUCUCUUCAGAAACUGACCUUAAUAUUGAAAUAUCGCAAAUACUUUUGUCUUUACUUCAUGGUUGGGGCUUGGAUCUUGUUAUGGAUGAAGUCUGUGAAAGUAAAUUAGGCUUGUUGCGUCCAAUUAGACCAAUUUGCUUCGGCGUUCUCUCAAAAGGAGGUCAUAUGUCUCUCUAUCUUCCUACGUUUUUAACUAAACAUGAUGCCAAAUCUGAAGUUUCUAGUCCAUUAGUCAACAACGAACUCAAUCAUGACCCAUCACCUAUCUCUUCUAAAAGAGUUCGAGUGAAAGAGUCUGGUCCAGCACAGAAUGCUUUUGAAGAAGAUCGAGGUCGAAAGUUUUAUGCUCGUUACCAUUGGGAACUUUCUACGGCUUUAACGACUACUCAUCUUUUAACUAUAUUAUCUUUGGCAAGAACUUUAAUGUGCUUGAAUAAUUCCUCCUUUUUCACGGAUUCUGAAAGAAAACGUAAAGUCUUAUCUCGUUUAUCUCGCUCCGAAUCACGAAGUUCAGAUUCACAAGCUGAUUCUGAUAUGAAAGCUUUAGAAGCUGAAGUAAUGGCCAAUGUUCAAGAACGAGCUAGACAAGGCUGGAAAUCACUAGCUGAUUUGCAUUGUAUUUUUCUGCCCAAACAAUCAGGAAAUGUUAAAAAACCUCUCCUUGACAUUUUAGCUAAAAGAUGGCAAGAUAGGUGCUUAAAAGUUCGUGAAGCAGCUCAAACUUUGCUUUUAGCGGAACUCCAUCGUAUUGGUCCUCGCGGUCGUAAACAACUUGUUGAUGAUUGGGCUUCAUAUUUGUGCCAAAUUGAUGAGCAAAACGGUGCUGCAAUGAAUAAACAUCUAAAUGUUCCAAGCUCUGAUAGAACAGCAAAUCAUUCAUCAUCUUCGCCAGCAAACAUGACUCCUGACAAUGGUGAACCUGAUGAAUAUAAUUCGUCAGAUGACGAAACAGAUGAUGUUGGUGAUCAUGCGAGUACUGGUAGAGGUGAUAGGAAUGAGAAUGGUUCUAGUCCAAUUCAAAGAAGAUCAUCGAGUGGUUCAGAGAUUCGUCGUAAGCAAUCAACAGCAAUCAUUCUUUUAGGAGUAAUUGGCUCUGAAUAUGGAGAAGGAGUUGAACCAACCAAAGGACAAAAGAUAGUUAUCGAUGAAGAUACAAGUCACAAGAAGCCGAUAAUUGAAGGUUUCGGUGCUGGAAAUUAUAAUCUCGCUCGUCAUACUUCACGAGCUUUAGCUUAUUUAGUAGAGGCUCCACCUUCAACUGGAUUACCAGCACAUUCACCACUUCGAAGAGCUGCCAUUGAUUUACUGGGUAGAGGUUUCAUUGUUUGGGAACCUUAUCUUGAUGUCACAAAGGUGCUUUAUGCGUUGCUAGAGUUAUGUUGUGAUGCCGAUAAUCUUAUACCAACAUUAUCCUUUGGUUUACCUUUGACUCCGGCUGCUGAUUCUUGCCGCACUGCUCGUCAAGCUCUUGGUUUAAUUGCAACUUCUCGUCCGGGUUCAUUUAUUACUACUUUGGCUCGUGAAGUGGCUAGAUAUAAUAAUCUUCAACAAAACGCUCAGUCAAUGAAUGUUCCAGUCUCUGGAUCUCCUCUUAACCGAGCUAAACCUGAAAUACUUCGUAAUAUUGAACUUUUAAUUGAAAAAAGUCAAAACCAAGUUUCUGAUCUCAUUAUCGAAACAGUGGACAUUAUCCUUCACUGCUUGGAUCCAAAUCAUCUGAAAAGUAAAGAAUUGGGUAAAGUUUUUCCUCCGAUAACUAAAUUUCCCAAUGUUACCUGUUGCACGGCAACCCGUCGAAUAGCUGCUGGCGCAAAAAAUGGUAACUUAGCAAUAUAUGAACUUAGAGCUCCUAAACCACAAUUAAUUAAUGCUCAUUCGUCAUCAAUAACCUGUUGUUCGUUUUCGCAUGACGGUAAACACCUUGUUUCUUAUUCAAUGAAUGAGUGUAAAUUGGCAUUUUGGUCAACAGCUACAAGUCUUUUUGGUCUGGGUAAUUCUCAAACUAAAUGCGUGAAAACCUUCAAUACUCCACCAAAUGUACCUGAUAAUGUUUCCAAAUUACCGAGACUCUUAUGGGUUAGCAGUAAAACAAUUUUACUCGUUUUUCCUGAUGGCAGAGAAACCAAGUAUACUAUUUAAGAAUGAAGUUAAUUCGACAUUAAAAGCUCCUUUAGGUCGAAUUAAGCCAAUCACAUCUUAUUAUACAUUUACGUAUAAUAGUGAUUAAUUAACUAGAAUUAUUAUAGAAGUCAAAUAAGAAAAAUCAAUCAAUUGUCAAGUUUCAAUUUUAUGGAACCAAUUCAUCUAUGACUUAAUUCAAUGCAUCUAAAAGAUGUUCACCUUGGCGGAUUGAGUCGCUAAAUCACUUGGAUCAAAACCAGAGAAGGGAUAAUUUUCCAUUGAUGAGUUCAUUUUGAUGUUCAACUGUUGCCGAAUUUAUCGAUGACUUGACUGUUCAUUUGUUCAACAGAUUAUCAAGAGCAAUUAUUUACAAAAAACUACGAGAAUCUACCGGAAAAGCUGUUUUUGGUAUACAUGAAUGAUAACAAUUUUUUUUAUUAAUUUAAGUUAUAAAAUUAUUUUCCUCUUCAUCAUUGUCAUCCUUUUCCUAUUGUUAUUUCACACUCUCUUUUUUUUCAUAUAUUUUGUUUUGUUAUGAAUUACACUUUUCUUUCAAAUAUUAUUUCUUAUUUUCUGAUUAUCUUGUUAAUAUUAAGUCGAUUUAUACAUAAUUCAUUUACAUCAACUAAUGCACACUCAUCCAGAUGAAGAGCAAAACAUACGGAAAACUAUACACGAAGUUAUAUUGGCUGUUCACUUUUGAAUUUAAAUUGUUUGCUGUUCAUCAUUUAAUAUAUUUAUUAAUUUGUGAUUGAGUAAAUCAAGACUGAUUGUUAAGUUUCCA